AUGGCUGAACUAAAAGCUUUAUGCUUGGGUCUGAAAUUAGCUUUGGACCACAACCUCCAGCCAUUGGAUGUUGAAACUGAUUCGCUUGAAGUCCUAGAUUUACUUUCCUUCCCAUCACCUUCUUAUGAUAAAAUUGUUGCUUCUUGCAGGUCAAUGUUGAGGAGUUUGGGGAAUCCAGCGGUACAACACAAUUUCCGUGAAGCCAACGGUGCAGCGGACAUCUUAGCCGAAUUUGGGUCCUCAUCAACCGCCUUGUCAUAUGUUUUGUUAUCUCCUCCCGAGAUCGUUGCAACUCAGUUGAAACGGGAUCGUGACGGAGUCUCUACUAGUAGAAUUAUCUCUAAAGCAUCUUAUAAUAAGCUAGUCUCUUGUGUUAUCAUCUGCUAUGCCUAG